UAUACCAUCUCAUAGUUAAUCGUCGCUGUACCAAUACUAUGAUGGUGUAACAAGCGGCCGGUGUUGGACUAAUAUUUUUGUACGAAAAAAGAAAGAAAAAAAAAAAGAACGACUUGUUCUUUCCAAUUUGUUGAUUUUUUUGUCAACGUAACAAAAUUAUAUAGUUUUUUUUUUUCACUUCGAAAAAUUUAAAUUUCUUUUUUUUUUCCUAUAGGUUAUGUUCAUACUAUUUAUCUAUUGAACGAACGCCUACAAGUGUACAUUAUGUUGUGUAAAGAAAAAUGCAGUUAUCAAUUGUGAAAAAAGUGAUAAGGUUUUACUUUGUACAUGCUUGACAUAUGCAUUAGUGAUCUGGUAAAGACUAAUUGUGUUAAUGUUAUAAAGUGAAGAAUAUAUUGUAGUAAUAAAAAAAAUGAUUUAUCCUACAAUAAGAUUUCUUUGUAUAUCACGAUAUACAACGUCAUUGUAUUGCAUGAAAUUAUUAAAUAUUCAUAAUAUAGGAAUUCGUACAAUGUUGCAAAAAAAUUCUUGUGCGUUAGUAAUAGCUGGUCCUUCUGGAAGCGGAAAAAGUACUUUAUUGGAACGUUUAUUCAAAGAAUUUCCAAAUAAAUUCGGAUUUUCUAUAUCGCAUACAACUAGAACUCCUAGAGCUGGUGAAGAGAAUGGUAAACAUUAUUACUUUACGAAUAAAGAAGAAAUGCAGAGACAGAUAGACAACGGUGAAUUUCUUGAAACUGCAUCAUAUAGUGGAAAUUUAUAUGGAACCAGUAAACUUGCCGUUGAAAAUGUUCAAGAAGCCGGGAAAAUAUGUAUAUUAGAUAUUGAAAUAGAAGGUGUCAAACAAAUUAAAAAUAGUACUUUAAAUCCUCUGUAUGUCUUUAUAAAACCACCGUCUAUAGAUGUAUUAGAAGAACGAUUAAAAAAUAGGAAAACGGAAACAGAUGAAUCUUUGUUACGAAGAUUAACUAUUGCUAAGACAGAAUUGGAAUAUGGUGAACAGCCAGGUAAUUUUGACAUUGUGAUCGAGAAUGAUAAUCUUAAUAAAGCUUAUGAGAAGCUGCGUGAAUUUAUUUCUUCCAAAUUAAACGUCAAAGCAUAAAAUGGAUAGCUAAAUUAAACAUUUCCAAGGAUAAGUAUUAUUCAUGAAUUUAUGUAAUGUCACAAAAAUAUCUUAUGAUUAGAAAUUGAUUGAAAAUCAUUAUGUUAAUGAUUUUAUGGAGAAAGUAAUUGUCAAAAAUGAAAGAAAACAUUUAACCUAUUAAUUUAAUGUAAUGGUAAACUGUGUUUACUGUAAUUAGAUAAAAAAAAAAGAAUGCGUAAAAAAUAUUUCAAGCAUAAAUGGAUAAACAAAAUUUAUCUGAUAACUUAUAAAAAAAGAAACAAAAA